GGGAAUUCCUAGAACAAAGAUUAAUUUUUAAUUUCUAUUAAUUAUAAUCAUUGAUUAGAUCCCUUUCUAAAACAUGAAUUUUAAAGUGAUAACAAAAUUUCAAAAUCAAUCGUUUUUACGCUGUUAUCUUAUCACUCUACUUAUGAACUUUUCUAACCUUAAACGACAGUUUCAGAUUUAAAUAUAUUAUUUAAUGAAUUUUUAUGAAUACUCUGCUGGUGUUAUAAUUUACGCACUAAAAUGGAGAAUCAAUCAGAUUCUUCAACGGUUUUAAAAACUAGUGGAAAGCAACACGUUAAAGAUGGAAUAAUUGAUUUUACAGGGGGGUCAUUGGGUGGUGUCGCAUUAGUAUAUGUUGGACAACCUUUAGACACAGUUAAAGUAAAAAUGCAGACAUUUCCAACUUUAUACAAAAAUAUGUUCAAUUGUUUUGCAACCACUUUAAAAACAGAUGGUGUUAGAAGGGGAUUAUAUGCAGGAACAGUACCAGCAUUAGCUACAAAUGUUGCAGAAAACGCUGUUUUAUUUUUUGCUUAUGGUUUUUGCCAAAAAUUCAUGCAACAUAUCACAGGAGCUCAAUCUAUAGAUGAAUUAAGUACUGUCACCAAUGCAACAGCUGGAUUUUUAGCAGCCUUUUUUUCUUCAGUAGCUAUUUGUCCUACAGAAUUAGUCAAAUGUAGACUGCAAGCCAUGCACGAAGUCAACAAACAGCAGGCUCAAUUAGGAAAACCUGUCAAAAGUGUAGGACCUUUACAAUUGACUGCAGAAGUUAUAAGAACUGAAGGAGUUAAAGGCAUGUUUCGUGGGUUAGUGCCCACUAUUGUGAGAGAGAUGCCUGGAUAUUUCUUCUUCUUUGGUGCAUAUGAAGGUACUAGAGAACUAUUAAGGAAACCAGACCAGAAAAAGGAGGACAUAGGUCUGGUAAAAACAAUGAUAGCAGGUGGAAUGGGUGGGGGAAUUUUUUGGACUGCUCUCUUUCCAGCUGAUGUCGCUAAGUCACGUAUCCAAGUCAACAAUCUGAAUGAAAAUAUGAUGAAGUUAAUAUAUAAGAUAGCAAGACAUGAAGGCAUAGGUGCUUUGUAUAAUGGUUUGCUGCCAACUGUUAUUAGAGCUGUUCCAGCUACAGCUGUCAUGUUUCUUACUAUAGAAUACAGUAAAAAAUGGAUGCAUCAUAUUUCAAGGGAUUUAUAGAGAUAUGUAGGGGAUUUAGGAGAAUUUAAUUGAUAAUUGGAUUUUUCAAAAGUGAAAUACCAGGAUUCUUUUUCAUCUAGUAUUAACUAGAUGUUAAAAUUAGUGUUUUAUUUAAAAAAAGGCAUUUAUUUCUCAGGGUAGACUUCCUUAGUUUGUCCAGGUAUUUUUGAUAAUUGGGUUUUGUUUCUAAAGUGCCAUACUAGGUAUUAUUCAAUUAGUGAAUGUUAUUAAGUCUUAAUUUGUCCCAAUAUGUUUUUGGAUUAUCAGUUUGAGAUACUCGAGUAGAUGAAAGUCAGAGGUAGCCAAAUCUGGUCAAUAGGGAGUGUUUUGUGGAAUUGUUUUGAAAAUUGCAUAAAUGUAUAGGAAAUAAUCGAACUAAGGACAGGAUCAGUUGUGUUGAGUGACCAGCUCUUUUCUGGUUCUUAGAUUUUCGAUAAUGGUUGCUUUAGAUAUAUAUUUUUUUUAUUAAUACUUAUAAGUUAGGAACAACUGAGAAGUUUUUUUUUGAAUAUUUUGACACUUUUAGAGAAAAUGAAUGUAUUUCUUCUGUAUUAGUUGAUUUAAAAGCCUAGAAUGUUCCUUGACUGUUUAUCAAUUACUAAUAAAUAUUACUACCAAGUUACC